GCACCUGCAGCUUGUUCAUGACUCAAACCCACAGAUCCUCCUCCUCCUCUUUCUUCUCCGUCUGUGUCGUGUCUCUCCGGGAAUGAGAAGGAGCGAUGGCGGGCUGUGGCAGCGAGGAGAAAGCUUACCGCCGCUUCCUGGAGCUCUUUCUGCGGGAGAUGCGGCCGCCGCUGCGCGAGGACUCACCUGUGCCCGCGCGCCCUUUGUCGGACUCGGUGGUGGAGGACGAGGUGGAGGGGGAAUGUCUCGACCUGUGUCUGCAGCACCUGUGCAAAUAUAACUGUCCGUUCCCGCUGGCGGCAGGUUUGGCCCGUGGUACAGCUGACAGCGUUCUACAGACUGAUCUCUCCAGCUGUCACCUCCCCAAGCCCACAGAGGACGGCACAGAGACUGAAACCAUUCCUCAGAUCGAGGCAGUGAAAUUGGCUCGUCUGGUCUUCAAUAAGCUGUGUGAGACAUGUUGCGUGUGGCUGAAGGGUUUCCCGCCGCGACGCCGCUCUCAGGCCUACUACGAGACCUCCAUCCAUGCCAUUAAAAACAUGCGCCGCAAGAUGGAAGACAGGCACGUCAUCAUACCCGACUUUAACACGCUCUUCAACCUGCAGGAUCAGGAGGAGCAGGCGUUCUUUGCCGUGUUCGAUGGUCACGGUGGUGUCGACGCUGCAACCUACGCUGCAAAUCACCUCCAUGUCAACCUGGUGAGGCAGGAGAUGUUCAGCCAGGACCCCGCAGAAGCUCUGUGCCGAGCCUUCAAACUCACUGACGAGCGCUUUGUACAGAAAGCGUCACGAGAGAACCUGCGCUGUGGCACCACUGGGGUCGUGACCUUCCUCCGAGGCCGGACUCUGUACGUUGCCUGGCUUGGAGACUCGCAGGUCAUGCUGGUGAAAAAAGGACAACCAGUGGAACUGAUGAAACCCCACAAACCAGAUCGAGAGGAUGAGAAGCGACGGAUCGAAGCUCUCGGUGGGUGCGUGAUUUGGUUCGGGACGUGGCGAGUGAAUGGCAGCUUGUCUGUAUCAAGAGCCAUUGGAGACUCUGAGCACAAACCGUACAUCUGCGGUGACGCUGAUCACGCACUGUUUCCUCUGGAUGGCACUGAGGAUUACCUGAUCCUGGCGUGCGAUGGUUUCUAUGACACUGUGUGUCCGGAGGAGGCGGUGCGCGUCGUCUCGGAUCACCUUCAGGAGAAUAAUGGAGACACUGCCAUGGUGGCGCACAAACUGGUGGCCUCAGCGCGUGACGCCGGCUCGAGCGACAACAUCACAGUCAUCGUAGUUUUCCUCAGAGACCCACGAGCUCCGCCCCCAUCUGACGAGCAGCAGGAUGAAGAAGAGCUGGAACCUGAGGAGGAAGUGGAAGAAGAAGAAGAGGUGGAAGAAGAGGAGACAAUGCAGGGCGAGUUGGUGUGUCAGGAUGGCGGCGGGGAGAACGGAGGGAAAGUGCGCAGCGGCUGGCCCCUGCAGCAGUGCUCUGCUCCUGCUGAUCUGGCCUACGAAGAGCGCACCGACUCCUUCACAGACAGGACGAGCCUGAGCACCACAGGGCCUGAUCUCCCACUCAUGACCGGCGGCUGCUUCUGUCCCGUUCUCAGCAGGUCAGACCUGGGCCUGAGAGGAGGAGGAGGGCGACGGCUGGGUCCCAAACCUCAGGUCCCGUCCUGCAGCGGACGCUGGGUGGAAGCGGCAGCUCUGUUCACUCAGCAGGGACGGAGAAAGAGGAGGAUGGACGAAGAGUUGGAGCGCAGGAUGGAGGAAAAGCGGCGUAUCCAAAAGAAGGCAGAGUGCCGCGGUAUCCUGAGCUCCUGGCCUCGACUACCUGAGCCGCUGCGCUACACCGAGACCCAGCCUGGAGUCGCCUUUCCAUGCUUAACACAAGAAUAUGGCAUCUAAACCCCUCCCCUCACAAACACACCCACCAUGUUCACAUUAGCAUUUCCUCCUGCAGGUCAAAGCCACAUUUUCCACCCACAUUUCCCCUGAGCCAGCGUUAGUCCCUACUUGAGCCAAGACAUAGAAACACACUCCACUCUGACCUGAUGGAAAAAUUAGUCAGACCAGUGAACGUCUAGGAUGUUCUUCAGAACAAUCUGCCAUUUUUAAAAAUUUAUUUAUUUCUGUGUUAGUUUAAAGAAUGUCAAUUCUGACUUCUCGUCAUACAGGUAGUUACCGGUAACUAAGUAGUGUGUCGUUCCUGUCGUUUAGAAAAGGAUGCUCACUCGCUGAGCCAACACCUUGCGAUUAAAAGUUGUUUGCCUUUUAACAGUGAAAAGGAAUACAAUUCUGUUCACAUUUAAAACCUAAUACUGAUUUCUGUACACACUAGGG